CCAGGAACAUUUCAUUCAGCCAGGUAAGGUAAAGCGCCUCGAUCAUCGUCAGUGUCUCACACGUGCACGUCACCCUCAUUGCCAUCAUUGCCUGCUUGUCUUGUCUGUCGUGUCUCGGGAUGAAUUAGGUCACUCACUCACUCAGCGACUCACUCACUGGCAAGUGAGUCCACAUGCAUCGCAUCGCAUCUAUGCGUCACUCUGCUUGAAUCUCGUGAAUGCAUUCUGGACGAGAGUGGUCUUGGCGACGAGCGGGUGGUCCGGACACACACUCUUCAGCCGACUGCACAAUCACAAUCACAAUCACACGCAGGUCAGUCAGUCAAUCACCCAUUCAUCAAAUCGAUCGUCGAUGAGAUGAGUGACAUUGCUCGCCCACUUGUAGCACUGCUCUGCGUCCUCGUCCUUCCUCAGGUGACGAUACACCGCUAUCAGAUUCGCCAACGUGGGAAUGUCGUCACCAUUCUGUUGCUGUGCUCGUUGGAGGUCUUCGAGCGCCUCCUGCCAGUUGGAGCGGGCCAUGUUGGCGACCGCCUUGCCGUUCAGCAGCUGCACCGAACCCAGCGACUUGCUCUCGUCAGCUGCACACGCACAUACACACAUACAAGCAUGCAACCAUCCCUUCCCCACACACAGACGUGGUGGUGGAUGCCAUGCUCACCGUCCUCGGUUUCCGUCGGGUACUGUGCUUGCACGUCGCAGUAUGUCAGAUAAGCCUCCUGGUAGUUGCCCGUCCCUGAGAGAGAUGAGAUGCAUGUGGUGUGGAUGGCCAGCCGCCAUUACAGGAGGACGGACUCACCCUGGUUGACCCAGCACGACGCGAGUUUCGUCACGGCCGCAUCCUCGUUGGUCGAACUCUGACACACACAGACAUGCAAAGACACACAAGGGAGCCAUUCAGCCAUCACGCACGGAGUGACUGACUGCGCGUGAGCGCAUACCAUUUGCUCCAGUUUCUGCUCGGCGAGGUCUACGCGGUCCAUCAGCAUGAGUAUCUGGAUGUGGAGCGCCUGCCUGCAGACACACAAAAUGCAGACACACAGAGAGGCAGACGCCCGUUGAGAGAGAGAGAGAGCCACCAGGUGGCAGGCAAUAUUGAUUGCUUACAUCUCGAGUGUGGGGGUCUGCAGUGUCUCUUGCACGGCCUUCUGCAGGUCGUCAGAACCAGCCAAUAACGCCGCGCUCAGAUACUGCGCCGUGGCAUCCUUGCUGGACUCACUCAGCUGCUUCACACCCUCCAGCAGCUCCCUCUUCGCACCCUCCUCCGUCUGAGGGACACACACACAAACAAACGAACCACAAUAUGGUUCCUGUCUUGCGCACAGGUCAGGCUCACCGUUUGUGCAUAUUUGGCUGCGAUGGCGACUGCCUGCAGUGAGGGCGACGCGGCGGUUUCCCACUGCCUGAUGGUGGCGAGAUCUCCCAUGGCGACCUUGGCCCUUGCCACGAGUGCGUCCCUCUCGGCCAUGGCCAUGUCGUUGUUGGGGAAGGAGCCCUCGGCGAGGCUGAUGGCCUUGUCGUAAUUGCCCACAUAAAAGUGAUCACGGGCCUGUGUGUGAGAUAGACAACAAACAUACACAACAAACAGGACAGUCAAAGGAAGGAGCAGCAGACGAGAGACAGAAGCUUUGCCUGCCUACUGUCUGCCUACUUGCGUCAGCUCGUCCUCGUCCAUCUUGACGCACAAGGAGCUUAGGACAGUCCGCGG